UCGCAUUUGACGUUAACGCCGCUUCCGUAUUGUGUGGCCAAGUUGUUUUGCUAACGCCAGUGGAUAAACACGACCGCUACGCAUUUCGUAAAAUAUAACUACGCUCUUGCUGUGUACUGCGUUAGAUUUUUUUUAACAACUUGUUAUAUUUGUCUAGAUAUGAGUCCUGGUGUCCUUGUGACCGAGCUCGUUGCGAAUGCUUCUUACGGCAAGCUAUCAAGCUAACAAAGCAGGCCACCGACCCAACGCUGUUGCUUGCUUUUGUCACAGAUUAUGUUACUUUAUUAUGCAAAAUGGGUUAAUUGUAGAUAAUGCAGAUCGUUCUGUCUUUGUAAACCUAUCACCGUUGAAGCUAGCUAGCUUUUCCACACACCCGUCCACAUCCAAGCGUGCACAAUUGAACGAUAGGAGGUUGGAUGUUUGUUAACCGACUCGUGUCAUGAUGGUGCUCCGGCGGCUCUUGAGGAAGCGCUGGGUGCUGGGAGUCGUCUUCGGGCUGUCGCUCAUCUACUUCCUCACCAGCACGCUGAAACAGGAGGAACGGACCAUACGGGACCGCACCCUCCUGGAGGUGAGGGACUUGGAGCGGCGCAUCCCGUGGAAGGUGCGCUUCAACCUGGGCAACAGCAGCCGGCAGAUGGGCCACUGCCGGAACUCCAUCCAGGGCAAGAUGCUGCUCACCGACGAGCUGGGUUACGUGUGCGAGCGCAAAGACUUGCUGAUGAACGGCUGCUGCAACGUCAACGCUCCCCGCACGAGGCGGCACGUCUGCAAAAGCUGCCUGGCCAAUGGCUGCUGCAGUAUUUACGAAUACUGUGUGUCCUGUUGCCUCCGGCCAGAUAAGCGAGCUCUCCUGGAGCGCUUCCUGAACCGCGCCGCGGGAGGCUUCCAGAAUCUGUUCACCGCCGUGGAGGACCUCUUCGAGCUGUGCCUGGCCAAGUGUCGCACCUCCUCACAAAGCGUUCAGCACGAGAACACGUACCGGAACCCACAAGCCAAGUACUGCUACGGGGAGAGUCCUCCGGAGCUCCUUCCCAUCUAAACUGUGUUACAACCCCCCUGGAAUCACAAGAAAGACUUUUUACCCUCAAAGGACAUAGGCAACAAAUCCCUGAGUUACACUUCAUAAGUGCAUCCACACGAUUUCCUUCCAGUCAUCCAUGAUGAUCGGCAGCUCCCGUAUGAUCAGGACGAGACUGAUAAAAUUACCCCCGCGAAGCACGUGGCAGGCAGGUUAUGUUUUGAUCAAUUUUUGUUUGUUGUUGUGGAAUGGUACUAAUGUGUAUGAAGGGCCACAAUAAAGGAAGGUCAAUAAUUACACUAUGGGGAUAGUAGUGUUUUUUUCUGUGAAACACAAACACAGUUUAGGGAAAGGUCAUAAGAUUAAGAGAUCAAGUUUGGUCUUUUUUUUUUUUUUUUUUUUUUAGGGAAUUUUUUUUUAAUUAGAAAUAUGUUUUUUGACAAAUAGUCACAGGUGUGUGUGUGGGAGGGAAAGUAGGGUGGGUUUGACAAAAGGCUUUUUUUUAAGAAAAAUGAACUUUUGAGUGAAAAAGGCAUACACUGGUGGAAACAAAGUUGGAUUUCAUAGGUGUUAUUUUUUUUACGUUUUUAAAAUUGAAAUCUUGUAAAAAAAAAAAAGUUAUUUUGGGACAGAGUCAUAAUAUUACAUGAAUAAAGCUUUUUGUUUAUUUGUAUUCUGACGAGAAUAAAGUUUAAUUUGUUCGAGGAGACGAACGAAGUUGGGAUUUUCCUUAAAGCGGCUCAGAAAAUGGAUGGAUGGUAUUUUCUUUGUGCAAAAAACAUCUUUUUUAUUUUAGUCUAUUAAAGUUUUUUUUAAUCUUAGAACAAUUGUGAAACACUGACAUUUUUCUGUUAAAUUUCGACUUUAUCUAGAGGCAUAAUUUUUUCUUAAACAAUACGUACUACUACUGUAAUUAUUGUCAUGUAAUACUCAUCCAAACACAUGCUGGGAACAAUUCGUUCUAUGUCACUUUUAUGCUAACCCACAGUCAAAAUGCCUUAAGUCCAUGACAUCCUAAGAACAUCCUACAUUAAGACGGUGCUGCAUUAUUAUUAUAUUCUUCUUCCACUUUUAUCAGUCCAGCUCGAGCGGAGGUCUGCACUCCCCUGAGUGCCAUCCUACUAGUUGUGUCACGAUGUCAAGUGUGUCAAUGCAUGGAAAUUAAUCGACUGUUUUAAUAAAAGUGAUUGUGAAACCAUGAAAGACUUUCAAAGCGUCAAGUUCCCAUUGAGUGCAAUCAAUUGUUCUGUCAGUUAACAAGCACAAGAAGCAAAUGUUGCUAGUUUACAUCUCCAUUUAUCAAAACAAAUCGGCUCAAAUGUCCAUCCGUCUAUGAAAUGUGGAUAAAAUUUGGAAACAACUCAACUAAAUCUUGAGGGGUUCAACUUUGAAGGACCCCUGGAAAUGUCUCUAAAUUGCACGCUUCAAAUUAA